AGGAGGAGGGGGGGGGGCAUGCGGAGCUUAGACAGGUGUUGCUGGGGUUUGCGCAUCGGCCGCGAGAUCGUUUGGCAGGAUGGGAGCUGCGAGAACAGCGACGCUUCCCCACCACAGUUUCCCAUGCGUUCUGCAAUAUUUCUCUUUGUAAUACGGAAUUCAAUUAACGCCGGAGACCAACUGAACGUCGCAAUGGUGCACCACUCGGGCUCCAUCCAGUCCUUCAAGCAGCAGAAAGGCAUGCACACCAGCAUCAGCGAGAUCCUGAAGGAGAAGAGCCUGAAGCCGUCUCGCCGCAGCCUCCCCUGCCUGGCCCAGAGUCAGACUCAUCCAACCAACCUCAACCACUUCCUGUCUGUGCCGCUGAGCCCGGAGCCCAAACCAGAAGUCCAGGGUCUGAGUCAGAGCAUCAGCACCUCCUGCAGCCUCCUGCACCCGCAGACAGCAGAGGAAGGAAAGGAUCAGUACGUGGAGGAGUCGGAGGUGACUACGUGUGAAACAAGGGCAGACGAGUCAGUCCCGCUCCAAAAGCCUGUCACCCGGGCUAAAGUAGAGGCCCGCACAGAUUCACUUCAGGGAAAGAAUCGAGCGGGGUCCUCUGGACUGUUUUUCCGAGAUGGGAAAAAGCGUAUUGACUACAUUCUGGUUUACAAGAAGUCCAGUCUACAGGUGGAAAAGAGGUGCACCUUUGAGAAGAAUCUACGUGCUGAGGGGCUAAUGCUGGAGAAGGAGCCCUCGUUGACAAACAACGACAUCAUGUUUGUGAAGGUCCACGCUCCUUGGGAUACGCUUUGCAAAUACGCAGAGCAGAUGAACAUCCGAAUGCCUUUCAGGAAAAAAUGUUACUUUACGGACUGGAAGAGCAAAACCUUGGGCAGCAGAUUUCAUCUGAGAUGUCGUCAGAUAAAAAGCUGGCUUCCCCGAAAUCCCAUGAAGUUGGACAAAGAGGCCUUGCCUGACCUGGAGGAAACCGACUGCUACACAGCCCCCUUCAGCAGAGUUCGUAUGCAUCACUUCACUAUCAACAAUAUAGGGACCUUCUUCUCCAAUUCCACCAGAAGCAGGAUAGUUCAUCAUGUGCUACAGCGCACCAAGUAUGAGGAUGGAAAACCAAAGAUGGGUAUCAACCGGUUAUUGGGCAACAACACAUAUGAGGCUGCGUUUCCUCCUCAUGAGGGUGGUUACAAGAGCAGACACCCGAUUAAGACGCACGGUGCCCAGAACCACAGGCAUCUUCUGUAUGAGCGCUGGGCCCGUUGGGGAAUGUGGUACAAAUACCAGCCUCUGGACCUCAUCAGGCGGUACUUUGGUGAGAAAAUCGGUCUUUACUUUGCGUGGUUGGGCUGGUACACCGGCAUGUUGAUCCCUGCCGCCCUCGUCGGCGUUUUUGUCUUCCUUUAUGGUCUCUUCACUAUGGACUCCAGCCAAGUCAGUAAAGAGAUUUGUGAAGCCGGCACCACCGUCAUGUGUUCUAUACAGGACUCCUGUGAGCCGUGGAAUCUUAGUGACAGUUGUGUCCACGCGAAGGUGACCCAUCUGUUUGAUAAUGGCGGCACUGUGUUCUUUGCCAUCUUCAUGGCUAUUUGGGCCACAGUAUUCCUGGAGUUCUGGAAAAGGAGGAGGGCAGAACUGACUUAUGACUGGGAUCUCAUCGAUUGGGAGGAGGAGGAGGAGGAGCUGAGGCCUCAGUUUGAAGCCAAGUACUCCAGGGUGGAGAGAGUUAACCCCAUCUCUGGCAAGCCCGAGCCUUUCCAGCCCUUCUCAGACAAACUCAGCCGGCUCAUGGUGUCUGUGUCCGGAAUAUUCUUCAUGAUUUCCCUUGUUCUGACCGCAGUGUUUGCCGUGGUGGUUUUCCGUCUCAUCGCGAUGGAGCAGUUUGCUUCCGUCACCUGGUAUUUUGUGAAGAAGAACUGGCAGUUUGCCACCUCUCUCACUGGCGUCUGCAUCAACUUUAUGAUCAUCAUGUCUCUCAACAUGGUGUAUGAAAAGGUGGCCUAUCUGCUGACAAAUUUAGGUGAGCGUUGUCCACAUGCUGCAGGCAUCUACACCUUCAUUAUUUCUUGGCUCCCAAGCAUUGAUUUUCUCCCUUGUCCACCCCAAACAACCCCUGUUUGUCCUCGUUCAGAGCACCCACGGACAGACUCCGAGUGGGAGAACAGCUUUUCUCUGAAGAUGUUCCUGUUCCAGUUUGUGAAUUUGAACAGCUCCACAUUUUACAUCGCUUUCUUUCUUGGAAGGUUUGCUGGCAGGCCUGGAAAAUACAAUAAACUCUUUAAUCGAUGGAGACUGGAGGAGUGUCACCCGAGUGGCUGUUUGAUUGAUCUCUGCCUGCAAAUGGGAUUCAUCAUGUUCUUCAAACAAAUCUGGAACAACUUCAUGGAGCUCGGUUAUCCUUUGCUGCAGAACUGGUGGUCUCGUAGGAAGAUGAAAAAAGGAGGUGGUGGAGGGCAAAAUGUAGAGAAUAAAGCCCAGCUUCCACAGUGGGACAAAGACUGGAAUCUGCAGCCGAUGAACGCCCAUGGACUGGUGGACGAAUACCUUGAAAUGGUUCUCCAGUUUGGCUUCACUACCAUCUUUGUAGCAGCAUUCCCGCUGGCUCCUCUCCUGGCUCUCCUCAACAACAUUAUCGAGAUUCGUCUUGACGCCUACAAGUUUGUCACUCAGUGGAGGAGACCCAUGCCUGCCCGAGCCACUGACAUAGGUAUCUGGCACGGAAUUCUCGAGGGUAUCGGCGUGCUUGCAGUCAUCACCAACGCCUUCGUCAUCGCCAUCACCUCAGACUACAUUCCCCGCUUUGUUUACGCCUUCAAAUAUGGCCCGUGUGUGAACAAGGGACGCCACCAUGAGGAUGAGUGUUUGCGAGGCUACAUGAACAGCAGCCUGUCUGUGUUUGACAUGAGGGAGUUAAAGAACAACAGCCAGCACAGGUACUGCAGGUACAGAGACUACAGAGCGCCGCCCUGGAGCCCAGUGCCGUACGAAUUCACCCUGCAGUUCUGGCACGUCUUGGCUGCCAGACUGGCCUUCAUCAUCGUCUUUGAGCACCUGGUGUAUGGGAUCAAGUCCUUCAUAGCGUACCUCAUUCCCGACAUGCCUAAGGAUCUCUGUGAUCGUAUGAGGAGGGAAAAGUACCUGAUGCAGGAGAUGAUGUACGAAGCAGAACUGGAGCACCUGCAGAAGGAGAGGAAGAAGAACGGACGGCGUUAUCACCAUGAGUGGCCUUAGCUUUUACCCCGUGUCUCCACCUCAUGUUGCACAGCCCUCAACUCACAGGCACAACCUCCCCCUGCCUGCUUAUUUAUGUAUUUUUUCGCUUUGAGAAUCUAGCUUCACUCGGCUGAUACUGUACACCAAAGACACCCUCUUCUGUAACCAGAUCCUCCCCCAAACCUGCCUGGCUUCAGGCUCUGAACUUGACCACUCCCACGCCAUCUGUUUCACGUCCAGCUGUUUCAUGGCUUCACUGGGGGAAACCUGUGCAAUUGGAAUGUUUACUAUGCAGAUCAAGGGCUGCAGAUCACCACUGUUCACUCUUGGCACCCAUCCUGCACUCUCUCUGUGUGGCAGCUAGCACUCCUGCUUUGACUCUGUUUGGUGCAACUCGCAGCAUGGCCGUGUUUUUCUCACAUGAGCAUCAGCAGAGCCACCGUUCUGGCGAUUAUAUGUGACGGAGCUACUGGCACUAAGCGUUUCUUGUUGCAAAAGAGAUUCUGGUGAUGUGGCUACCAAAUACAAUGGACACUGUUCUUGCAAAGCGACUGUAUAUUGCCGUUGAAGCAUGCUGAUUAAUAUUUGCAGCAAGAAUAAAAACAACAGCAUUCAUUGUAUUCAGUACAUUUGACAAAGAAAUCUCUAUGAUGUUAUAUAAAGUGCAUGGUAAUUUUGUUUUGUACCUUUUGAUAGACAAAGCCCCUGUCUUGAUGCCUGGUUCAUGUGUGUCUGUACUCGCUGUGAGCUGUGUGUUAAUCUCUGUUUGUGCUACUGCUGAGCUUGGCUGUCUUGAGUUGAGGAAAUGUGAACUUAGUGAGAUUUGAUUGUGCCUACAGUUGUGUCACCAACAUCACGUGUGCCUGUUUGUGCUGCACGUGCUCUUUCAAGUGCGAGAAAUAUUCUCUCUCGUCGUCUUUCUGUGUGAUCUUCUGUAAACUCUCUGAACUCUCCGGUAAGGAUUUGUUUUGGAUGUGAGUCACACCACACUAUACCUACUCGGGUCUCUGCUAAUGGCUCUGAAACACGGUAUACGUUGUAAUGUGACUCCCUUCAUGAACAAUGUAUACACUCGCAUGCAGGAGCUGCAAAUCUGCUCUUCCGUUCUGUGCUUGCGGCCUGUUUUUCAUUUGUUGUUGGAAGCCCUGAAGCGUGGUUGAAACUUGGAUGACUUAGACAUACCUGUGGCUUGGAUGUUCAGCUUGCAAAAAACAUCUCUCCACUGUUCCUCAGUCACAAAGAACACCAACAUACUACAAAAGAAGUUAGCUUUUAGCUUUUGUUGAACGCAGAGUCGGGACCUUUUAUUGUAGUCAGUUAUGAUGUCAUGGAACAGCAUGUUUUUGACGACAACAGGCAGCAUGAGCGACGUAUCCAUCUGUGAGGCUGAGUCAGAAUCCGAAUAGUUUCCUGUUUCAUUCAUGUUGAGAUGGAGAGUUGUAGAAUGAACAGCAUUAAUGGGGGGGGGGGGUUGUAUUGUGUAGGUGAUGAGAGGUCACGUUGAUCAUAUGAUAUUAAAUAAGAUUUAGCAUACAUGAGAGUUACAGCAAUCUAACAACUGAAGAUUAAGAACAUUGCUAACCUGUAUGCAUUGCAGACCACUGAACAAAAAUGUUACAUUUAUGUGUUUAUUUAUUUAUUUUUCUGUUCUUUGUGUAUAUAUAUAUAUGUCAUGAUGUAUGUGAUGUUUUUAUACUUUUAAUUGUGUGCUACCAGUACGAGUUCACCUGUUUUCACCCUCAGAUACUCAAAGUAACGUCCACAUUUCUCAGGUUUCCUCUGAAUGUUUUAUAUUUUCUAAGAUGCAAUCGAAGGUGUCCUGCUUUUUAAGAUAUAUAUUUUUGCACUGCAGUGCAUUUGCAUGACUAUGAUGCAGAUAAGACAGUUAAAAGCAUGUUUAAACCUUUAAUCACAGUAAGUGUAUUAGAGCGGAU